AUGUCAGACAUAAGGGCUCCAAUCCCACUUUAUUUAUUCACGUAUAACUGUAAUAAGCAACCAUUAGUUCGUGAUUCAGUUUUAUCCAAGUUAAUAGACAGUUUUCCCACUGAUUUAUGUCAGGCAUACGUGUUUGGACUCCAGGAAUUUUGUAAUACUCUUGACGGAAGCUUCUCAGUCCAGGCUAAUAGAGAGUUGAUCAAAUACAACGAGGUGUUUAUUUCUGCCUUGAAUGAAGCAUUUGAAGAAGACGGGAUAAAAUUUCAAACAAUUGCUAUUAAUCAUGUUGGUGCUACUGGAUUAAUUAUAAUCAGCCCAUUCCCACUGAAAUUUCAAAGAAUUAGACUUGCCAGUGCAGGUGUCGGACACGGUAAUUCCUCUUUGAAAGGAGGUGUUGGUGUUAGAGUUUGUUACCAUCCAGGAGGAAAGUACUCUCAUCGAGAUCAUGUUGAAUUAUCGUUUGCUUGUGUACAUCUCAGUGCGUUCGAAGGAGAGUAUUACUAUAAGAGGAGAAAUCAGGAUCAUGAAAAUAUAAUGAGAUCGCUAGAUUUUGGUGAUGGGUUUGGUUUGAUUAAGCGAGGGAACCAUACGUUUAUUCUAGGUGAUAUGAAUUAUAGGACAACUAGUAGUUAUACAAAGGACAGCGUGGAAGCAAAACGGUUGUUUUCGUUACAAGACCAAUCGUUAUUAACCACAAAUGAAAGCCCGUAUCUCUUACACUCAGAGUAUGAUGAACUAACAAAAGGUAUGAAAAACGGAGAAGUGUUAUUGGGAUUUUCAGAAGGUAAAAUUGAAUUUCAACCCACGUACAAGUUCCAUAUAAAUACAGCAAUCUACAAUGACAAGAGGUCUCCGUCUUGGUGUGAUCGAAUUGUAUAUCAAUCUUCAUAUGACUCACCCAAAGAUGACAAUGGAGAAAGUACUCCUUUGCUUAGGUUGCGUCGAGACUCUACUCAUUUAAGAAGAUAUUGGGUCCCAUUUGUUUCCAAAUAUGAUUGCAUCGAUUCGCUCUUAAUGUCCGAUCAUAGACCUGUCUACCUUCAUAUAUCCAUUCCUUAUGAACCACCUGAACCUAUAAUAACUCCCUCGGGUUACCUUCAAAUUGUGGCUACUGAAAAUAGUGAAUUUGAAAUUGUCAGUGGACCAACUCCAGUAUACUUGAAGCCAACAAAAUAUGACUUUUUUAUCCAGAGAAUCAUCCGACCAUUGAGUGAUUACACCAUUGGCUAUAGUUUAUGGUUGCUGACUACCAGUAACGGAAGAUUGUUCCUUUUAGCAACCAUUCUUGGACUUUGGUUUUUCAUCUACGUUUCAUAA